AUGCCGCUCACCCAAACCCUCACCACCCUCACCUGCCGCGCCUGCAAACGCCCCUCCCCCACCGCCCUCAAAACGUCCCUAUGGCGCGCAGCAAUGUCCACCGAGUCGCAGCAAAAGAUCCUCCAAUCGCACCUCAAAGACGCCGACCCUACCGUCUUCGACAUCAUCCGCAAAGAGAAGCGCCGGCAGAAACACUUCAUCAACCUCAUUCCAUCCGAGAACUUCACCUCGCAGGCCGUGCUCGAUGCGCUGGGGAGCGUGAUGCAGAAUAAGUACUCCGAGGGGUAUCCUGGCGCGAGGUAUUAUGGUGGGAACGAGUAUAUUGAUGAGGCGGAGCGGUUAUGUCAGAGCCGAGCGCUGGAGACGUUCGGGUUAAAGGAGAGUGAGUGGGGAGUCAAUGUGCAGCCUUUAAGUGGUAGCCCGGCGAACUUUGCGUUGGUCGGCACGCAUGAGCGGAUCAUGGGGUUGGAUCUACCGCACGGUGGGCAUUUGAGCCAUGGGUAUCAGACGCCGACGAAGAAGAUUUCGAUGAUCAGCAAGUACUUCGAGACGUUCCCGUACCGGCUGGAUGAGAAGACGGGGUUGAUUGAUUACGAAAAGUUGGAGGAGCUGGCGAUGUUGUAUAGGCCGAAGAUUGUCAUUGCGGGGACGAGUGCGUAUUCGCGGUUGAUUGAUUACAAGCGGUUCCGGGAGGUGGUGGAUAAGGUUGGAGGGGGAGCGUACUUGUUGGCGGAUAUGGCGCAUAUUUCUGGUCUGGUGGCGGGAGGUGUGAUACCCAGUCCGUUCGAGUAUGCGGAUGUGGUUACGACGACGACGCACAAGUCGCUCAGAGGGCCGAGAGGGGCCAUGAUCUUCUUCCGGAAGGGUGUGAGGAGUGUGGAUAAGAAGAGUGGGAAGGAGCAGAUGUACGAUCUUGAGGGUCCGAUCAACUCGUCUGUUUUCCCAGGGCACCAGGGUGGACCACACAACCAUACCAUCACCGCGUUGGCGGUUGCACUGCACCAGGCGCAGCAGAAGGAGUUCAAGGAGUAUCAGCAACAAGUACUGCAGAACUCGAAGUCGUUGGCAGCGAGGUUAGGAGAAGGGAAGAGCAGUGGUGGUUUGGGGUACAACAUCGUGAGCGGCGGCACAGACAACCAUCUUGUCCUCGUGGACCUAAAAGACAAAGGCAUCGACGGCGCGCGAGUAGAGCGUGUCCUCGAGCUCGUCGGCGUGGCGGCGAACAAGAAUACCGUGCCCGGCGACAAGAGCGCGAUGAAGCCCGGUGGUCUACGCAUGGGCACGCCCGCCAUGACGACGCGAGGAUUCACCGGUCCGGACUUUGAGAGGGUGGGAGAUAUCGUGCACCGCGCGGUGAACAUUUCGAAGAUGCUAGAUACGAAGGCCAAAGAGGCCGCGGAGAAGAGCGGGCGGAAGAACCCGGGGAGCGUGAAUGCUUUUAGAGAGUAUGUAGGUGAAGGUGAGGAGGUGGUGGAGGUUGUGGAGUUGAGGAGGGAGGUGGAGGAUUGGGUGGGUACGUUUGGGCUGCCUUGGACGCAAGAGUAG